UCGUUUAAUGAAUCAUAAAUUCUAAUUCAAAUCACGUGGUAUUCAAUCAUACGGAUUUACCGAUAGAUUCGUGUAUUGAAUUUUACGAUUUAAAUAUCAUCUACAAAAAAAAUUAUUUUAUUGUCAACCUCAUUAAUAUGGGUAAGAGUGUCAACUGGCGAAUAAAUAUUCAACAAAUUACAAAACAGAUUAAGGAAACGGUGAGUAAAUUUCAAAAAGAAAACUUUCAUAGUAUUGUACUCUCUGUAUACCUAUUUUUACAAUCAAUUAAUAAUUAAUUAAAAGAAAUAAACACAAGACAAAAGAAUUCACUUCUAAAAAAACCUAAGACCUAAUCAUUAAUGUUAAUGUUACAAAUCCAACAUGGUGAAUGCAUUCAAAAAGUCUUAAAAGUUGUUUUUUUCUUUGUCAAAGCCCUCUCAACAUCUAGCGAGCUUUAUAGACCAUGUACUCAAGAUUGCAUUGGCGUUUGAGCUCCUCUUCAAUUAAUCCUAAGUGUUCCACUGAAAUGUCUUGCUCAAUAUAUGCAUGGAAGUGGAACCUCCUCGAUCGAUCAAGCUACUGUAUGUGAGAUGUGAUAUUGAUGCUUUUAUCUUUGCACGUAUCAUACAUGAGAUUGAGAUUUUCAAAGUAAAACUGCAUUUCACAAAUGACUAUCUUACCUUUUGGACUUCUUUUGGCCCAUCGAACCAUUGUAUUUUUGGAAAGUCCCCCUUGAACGAUUCAUUCAUUGUGGUUGUGGCUCCUCUGCUGUAACCACGCCCUUUUGUACAACACCAAGUUUUUCUGCAUCUCAUCAAUUCUUGACCGAAGGCCUUGGAUCCUCCCAAACAACUUCUCUUAAGUUUCGUAAACCAGACUUUCAUAUCACACAUCUUGUCUUCAAUUGUUUAAUCUCUCCAAAGUCCACGUUCUUUAGUGGUCUGAUUUUUAGGGUCAAACUCCCACAUAAUCUUAAAAGCAGCUCUUAAUGCUCAUCUUAUAAAAAUUAAUUUCAUUUUCAUUCUUUGAAAUAAAUUUUUUGAUAAAGGAAUCUGACUAUUUAGCAACUUUACCACUCAUUCUUAACUUAAUCUAUUUCCUUCUGAUUCACACUUUUUUUUUCUUCGAGAUUUAGAGUUAAUUUUAGUGUUCUUCUUCUCUUUAUGUGGUUUGUGUUCCGGAAUAUUUUAUAUUUCAAAUUCCUCCUCUUCGAUUUAUUCAUGUAUUUUCUCCUCUUGUUCUCCCUCUUCUUUUUGUGCGAACCAUACUUGAUUGAUACUUAAAUAAAAACACAGAGUACUUUACUCAUCCAACAUUGGAGAGCUAGAAAAGAAAAGUAAUGCUGCUUUUGCGAGAGAGUCGGCCAAAGUAUUCCCCACACGCGGGGUGAAAUGAAAGGAAAGUUUACUAAAAGAGUUGGAUAGGGAAUGGAUAUCAAAGAGAAUUCCUUGAAUCCAAACAUUGUUCUUCUUGGUGUUGAGGAGAGUUAUGAGCCUUUAGAGUCAGAGAAGACUUCAAGGGACUCAAUAUCACAAUUUGCUGCCGAAGAGAUUGCAGCCUUUAACGCCAAAGCCUCUGCUACAAGGGCAGAGGAGACUGAGUGGCGUGUUGAAGAGAAUGUGCCUGCUGGUGUAGCCAACGUGUCUUUGAAGUGCCAUCCCAUUCCACAGUUACCAGAGGUUGAGUUCCAUGCAGCAUUCGUGUGAACACUCCACGAGUUGGUACCUGUGAUGGAAGAAAGCAAUACCAGAUGCAAGUUAGAUAAAUUUUGGUGAGGCUCCACAAUAAGUGUCACUUGUUGCUUUUUGUUGGCCUCAAUGGCGCCUUUCCAAGCUCUUGAGUCCUGAAGGAUUUUCAAAACAGUUUCUUCCACAGAGUACUUUUUAUUCUCAAAGAGUUGCUUAUUCCUAUUAUUCAUCUUGUUCUCCCUCAGUUUCCUCUUUAUAUAUAGAUUUUGAGAUUCUUUGAUGUGUACUUUUCGGUUCUGAAUGGCUAUAAAAAAGACUAGAAAAAUUAUAAGACAACUUUAAUGAGUUGUACCAUACAGGCAAGUUUACUUAGCCAAACCAAAUGUCUUGUAGAAUUCAGUAAGAAUGUUUAGAUGACCGAGUUGUAUAAUUCUUUUUUUUUUUCGACUAGGAUGGUUUAUAUUGAUUGAUAUGUCAUUACAUUCGAGAUCAGAAAUCUCAGACAAGUAUGGAACACACUCCAUAGAUUUUCAGAAAGAAUUGAUUUUCCUAGCUAAUAGAUCAGCACAAGAAUUCGAAGCUCGGUUCCUAUAUACAAAUUGAGUGGCGUCAAAUUGAUUCUUCCAAGUGAGAAUGGUGUUAAUAUAUUGUUCGCGCGAGUCGUCAGUUGGAAACUUGGCCCUGAAUGCACUUAUUCACCACGAUAUUAUCUCCCUCAAAAAUAACUUUAGUUUCUUGUUUCCCAAAGAUGAGGUAGCUUGCAACUAACCAGAUCAAAUUGUAUUUAGACAAUUAAUCACAAAAUUUUUAAAAAAUUAGAAAAAUAAUAUAACAUGACAAGGAAAAAUCGUUUUUCGUAUUUUUUAUUAAAAGUUGAAGAGUAUGUAGAUUAACGAAAGUAUAGUAUAUUCAUUUUGAACACUUAAGAGUAUGUAAUAUUUUUCAAAUUUUCACCGGAUUCUUUACUAUAUUUGAAACAGUUACAAAGAAUAAAAAAUAUUCUUUAUUUUCUUUUUAACUUAUUUAUACCACACAUAAACAAUACAAAAGUAGAAAGGCUAUCAUAAAAUAGAUUGUAUUUUCUUUUUUUUUCUGCUUUAUAAUUCAAGUAUUUAAUUAUUUUGAGCAAAAAUAAAUAUUUAAUUAUUAUUUACAUAAUUUUAAUUUUGUGCACCCAUAUACAAUUAAAUAACUCUUGCAUUUUAGUUAUCUGAAUGUAAAUUAUCAAUAAAAUAUUUUUAAUUAUCAAAAAUAUUAUUCAAGCUCUCACUAAUUUGGUCAAGAGUCAAUAUUAAAAGCUGACUCGACAGAUUACAACAAAAAUUAAAGAAAUUUUUGAAUAAAGUUUCAUAAUUUUAACAUGUCUAGUAGUCUAACUUAUAUUUAUGAUUCUUAACUAAUAAUUAGUCAAACGAGAACAAAUAAAAUGAUGAAAAAUCCAGUUCCUAUAAAAAAAAACUGAAAUCUAAAAGAAUACAAAUCUAACUAAACUGAAUGACCUUAAUAUCCACCUUGGAACAUUGCCUGUGUUUUUGUAAUGACAAUGUAUCUGAGGAUUGAGUCAACGUAACAAAUCUGUAUUUUCUAUUCCUAAAAAAUAUAUUAGCUUAAUUUGUUCAUCUUUGGUCAACAUAUUAGCCUAAUUUCAACCUCUCUGUUCAAGUAACAAAUCUGUAAUUUCCUUUUGAAUAAUUAAAUAUUUUAUUAUCAUAAAAAUAGAUGUCUUCCCUUUUCUCAUAUCCCAAUUUUGAGAUUAUAAAUAAAACAAAAAUCCCUUGUAAUGAAAUCACGACUGUAAGAUAACAAUAAAAAAAAGAACGAGAGUAGAAAUAGUGAAGAAGAGAAGAGACCAACCCUUCACUUCCCUCGACACCCAUUUCUCUAUCGUGAUCGCUUCAUCUAAAUUCCGAUCCCAUUUUUCGAUAUCUUCUGCUUGGAGGCUUUUCAAAAUGGAUUUUUAUAACAAGGAAGAGGCUAAUAGGGCAAGAGAGGCUGCAGUGAACAAGUUCAUGGCAAACGAUUUCGCUGGGGCGAGGAGGUUUGCCUUGAAAGCUCUGUCCUUGGACCCCGAGAUCGUUGGAAUCACGCAGAUGGUGGCUACUUUCGCUAUGCAUUUAGCUGCGCAGCACACCAUAAACGGGGAGGUAGACCACUACGGCGUACUCGGCGUACACCCCCAGGCUGACGACGAAGCAGUGAAGAAACGUUACAAAAAGUUGGUUUUCAUCCUUCAUCCCGACAAGAACAACUCGAUCGGAGCUGAUGAAGCCUUUAAGCUAGUUUCUAAAGCAUUUGAGGUGUUGUCCGACAAAGAAAAGCGAGCUGAGUACGACUCGAAGAGGAACUUCGUGUUCUGUGAAGGAAGAGGAGCUUCGUCGUCAAAAAAAGGAGCUGCUAAAGGGAAGACUCCAAAGAGAGGUACGAAGCGAGCAAGUGAUGAUGCCUCUACCUCUUCUGCUCCUCCUCCAGCUCCUCCAGCUCCUCCAGCUCCUCCGGCUCUUGGUGUUGUUACCACUUAUGAUGGAACGUUUUGGACUGUGUGCAUCAGUUGCAAGAGUCAAUAUGAGUACCAUCGCAUUUACUUAAACCAGAACCUCCGGUGUUCCCACUGCCGCCAGCCGUUUAUAGCUGUGGAAACACCUCCUCCGCACUCUUCCAUCCGCAAGACCUUCGUCGAGCAUCAGUUUCAUUCCCUUGAGUGGAGUGCUGUGACGACCACUGGAACCAUAACCGCUGCUCAUGACUCCCAGGCUGUGCCUAGAGAGUCCACCAAAAGGGUGGCGGCUGCUUCUCCAUCCACAAACCCUCCAAAAAGAAGAAAGGAGGUUGUGGUGGAGGAAAAUGCAGUGUCUGCUUACAUAGCAAGCUCUUCUUCUGCUCCUCCCAAGUCCAACACCGCGAGAGACUUUUCUAAUGGUGAGCUGAAGAACGUGCUGGUGAAGAAAUCUAAACCGACAAUCGUCAGUAAUCUGCACGAUCUAAUCACCAUCGAUCCUGAAACUGAGGAUGUCAACAUGGCCAAUGAAGUAUCACUCUGCGUGGUGGACCCCGUGCGUUCUUUGGGAGCCUUGACAAUAAACGUUCCUGAAGAACCAAACGUUUGCGACUUCGUAAAGAACCGAACCCAAAAGCCUUUUAGAGACAACGAGAUAUGGGCUUCUAACGACCUUGUAGAGGGGACGCCACGAGUCUACUACAUGAUAGACAAGGUUCUCUCCCUAGAUCCAUUCAAAAUGUGUAUCACUCGGCUAACUACGAACUUGCUUGAUUCACAAAGAACUUGCGGAGUCUUCAGAGCUAGGGAUAGUCACAUCUGCUGUUUGCCUAACAGUUUCUCACACAAAGUGGAGGCGGUGAAAGGCGAUCAUGGAGAGUUUCUUAUCUACCCGAGAACAGGUGAGGUAUGGGCUCUGUAUAGGAACUGGCCAAGUGAAUGGAACUAUCCUGAAGGAUACAGAGCGGGUAAGUACGAUGUGGUGGAAGUGGUUGAAGGAUAUACAGAGGAGUAUGGUGUUAGGGUGCUUCCUUUGUUGAAAGUUGCUGGUUUCAGUUCUGUGUUUCGCCAUUACUUGGGUCCCAAGGAAAUCACAAGCUUCUCAAAGUAUGAGUUGUCAAGAUUCUCUCAUCAGAUGCCAUCUUGCUUGCUCACAGGUAAGGAUCCAGCUGGUGAACUCGGAGGUUGCAGGCAGCUCGACGCAGCAUCAAGCUUGGAGAUGCAACCGUAUUAGUUUAUAGGUGAUGCAACCGUAUUAGUUUUCAUUAUUUAUACAUCUCUUCUUGAACCCUUUUUUUUUUUAAGGAUUGUUUCUUUUUAUUUGAACCAGUUAGAUUAGGGUGAUUGUAAUAACUCUGUUCUUUUUGGUUCGAUUAAAAUGUAGCAAAGCUGAAUAAAACUUUUGUUGUUUUUAAUACCUAACCUGAUUGUGUCUUUCUAACAUCGUAGUUCAACUAUAACAUAUGUAGCUGCAUCCUCAAUGCCUCAUACAUAACUUGCCUUAAAUUAUAUUAUUGGCUCAUAAGGAAAUUUACAAUGGUAGUUUUCUACCUAGAGUAUUUUCAACAUAAAAUAAUAGAAAAAAAAAUAAUAUGUGGAACAAAAAAGGGGAGAGAUAAGAAUGAGUUUCUCAAUUUGAGAGAGUCUCUAAGGAGAAAUUCUCCACUUAUCAGUUAUUCAGAAGGAUUAAUUCUAUUUUUAAAUACUGUAAAUCUAUUGUUGAGAGACUCAAAGGGGUUUCUCCCCACUAAUGAUGGCCUAAGAAGUUUAUCUCAUAGGGCUCAAUAAGAUACAUAAUCAGAAAUGCAUAAAGACCAAAUGGAUAUAUAGGCAUUUAAGGAUCUAAACUGCGAAAACCAAAGACUCAUUGUAUCCAAGUCUCUUGUUCUCCAGGCCAGCUCAGCUUAGAAGCCAGAUGGAGCCACCUCUUCGUGAGGGGAGGUCAAAUGAUCAACAUGCUUUUUGUAAAAAGAAAAAAAUUUACAUGUAUAUUAAGAAAAAAUACUGAUAAAAUGCUAUAAAUUUAACUUAAUGAUCCAUGUAUUAAUGUCACUGUACAAAUGAGACUCAGACUAGUGAAACUACAACAAGAAGAAUAACGCUUUCUGCACUUUGCUCUGUGAGAUUUACAAAAACAAUUUUUGGCAUCAGAUAAUGCUUGUUUCGUCAAAAUUAGCAGAGUUGAAGUAUAAGAUAUGAUAUAAUCAUCCAGACUUGCUCAGCAUUACUGAUCGUGAUACAAAUGGGAAAGAGCAAUUUUGCAAAGACAUAAAAGUCGAAUCCAUAUCUUGCUUGCUCUACACAUGUCAGAUAAGGUAGAGAGCACCUGAACUCAUGAUAAUAUGAUCAAACAAUUAUUUGAGCUAAAAAGAAAAAAAAAAAGGAAAACAAUUAUUUGAGCUGGGAAUAUACUUUCAAACCUGAUGAACGAAAAAUAACGUAUAUAAAUAAAAUAUGACAGAAGUAAAGGAAACCUAACCCAUUCAUACCUUGGCCUUGCGUACAUGCCAAACUUCUUGAUCACGUAAAGUCAUAGAAAAUUCAGCCAUAACAUGACUACUAAGUAUGUUUUUGGUUUCGUUGAGACUUUGGCAUAGCUUGUUAAUUUAUAGAUGCUAAACAUGAACACAAAAGAAUCUGUAAUGGUAUGUUUUUAUUAGGGGUUUUUGCCAAAACUAACCCACAACUUGAUUUUAAUUCCAAACCUAUACCCAAACUUGAAUCAAAUGCAAAACUAACCUAAAAGCCUAGUGAAAUUACAGCUCAGCCCCUUGUGACCAAACAAAAAAACAGAAGCCAUUUUUACGAAUAUAGCCCCAGU